GAAAAGAGGCUUUAAGAUCGACGCUUAUAAUAUCUUCGUCUUUUAAAACCAUCCUGAUGUUAAUUUCAGCUGUCUUCCCAGAUGUUAUUUGUAGUGCCCGACCAAAAAGCAGCCCUAACUGCAACCGGCUAAGCGGCAGAUUUCGUCCUCAUGACUUCCUCAGGGGCUGGUGGACCACCUGUACUCAUAAACGAGUACGACCGCCUAGGAAGGUGAGAUCGUUCUCUGGCAUCAUGCUCCGAAGGCUUCUGGAUCGGCCCUGCACGUUGGCCCUCCUGAUCUGCUUCCAGUUUGCCUUUAUGGCUUAUUUCUCCUUCGGUGGCUUCCGGAACCUGGCCUCCAUCUUUGGGCACGAUUCGAACCCGUCCUUUGAUUACUCUCGGACCCAUGACGUCUAUACCAAUCUUAGCCUUUUACCUCAGCAGCCCCGUCACGGAAGCCCUACGGGAUCUCUGCCCUACUGCCCGGAGCGAUCGCCUUAUCUUGUUGGCCCGUUAACGGUGAGCUUCAGCCGAGUGCCGACCCUGGAGCAGAUCCACAAGAAGAACCCGGCCGUGAGCAGCGGGGGCAGAUACCACCCUUCCACCUGUGAGCCGCGCUCCCGCACUGCCAUCGUCAUCCCACACCGCAACCGGGAGACACACCUCCGUCAUUUGCUGUACUAUCUCCACCCUUUCCUGCAGCGCCAGCAGCUGCAAUACGGGAUCUACGUCGUGCAUCAGGCCGGGAACUCCACUUUCAACCGAGCGAAGCUGCUGAACGUGGGCGUGAAGGAAGCCUUGAAGGAUGAGGAGUGGGACUGCCUUUUUCUUCAUGAUGUGGAUCUUAUCCCUGAGAACGACCACAACCUUUACACCUGUGACCCCUGGAGCCCCAAGCACGUCUCUGUCGCCAUGAACAAGUUUGGCUACAGCCUCCCGUACUCCCAAUAUUUUGGCGGCGUGUCGGCGCUCACUCCAGAUCAGUAUCUGAAGAUCAACGGCUUCCCCAACGAGUACUGGGGCUGGGGAGGGGAAGACGAUGACAUCGCCACAAGGGUGCGUCUGGCCGGCAUGAAGAUCUCACGGCCUCCCGUCUCCGUCGGCCACUACAAGAUGGUGAAGCAUAAAGGCGACAAGGGAAAUGAGGAGAACCCACAUAGGUUUGAUCUGCUGAUCAGGACGCACCGGGCCUGGACGCAGGAUGGCAUGAAUUCUCUCUCGUACACGCUUCUGUCCAAGGAACUCUUUCCCCUUUACACUAACGUCACGGCUGACAUCGGCAGCAACCCCAGAGCCACUAAGGGCAGCAAAGGAUCUUUGCCCAGACUGGGCGGGAGGAACUAUCCCACUGGCAGCAACCACAACUUCCGGCAGGAGAUGUUACGCAAGACCCCCUUUGCCAAACUCUCGCAGGCCAUGGGUUGGGGGGAAGCGCCUUUCGCCGCCACCCAGGCUCUGCCAAGCGCAGGGAAGAAAGAACAGCCAGGUUUGAAACUGGAGAAACCAAAAACGAAUCUAUUAAUGGCGAAGGAGGGAAAUGAGUCCCAGAGUAUGAUAAGCGACAGUUUCAGGCGUGCGGGCUUAAGAACGUCUCCACCUAGCCAAGAGGCUCCGAAACAAGGAGCGGAGGAUGCUAGGAGAGAGAAUCAGUUUGUGGGAGCCGACAGGUCAGAAAUGGACUCAACCAAAAUGCUGGCCUUCGACUCCAGACUCCAGAAACAGCGGAACAAUCACACUGGCUUGCAAAGUGCUGCCUAAGAAGGGACAGGCGUAUGCCAGUGGGCACUGGCACCCAGAACCCCAUCCAGUCCAGGUCUCGGUCCCAGCAGCGGCUGGUCCUUUCCUUGGUGUCUAGAACCAAUAAUUGGAAUUGCACUUAUGCUGUGUCCUGGAGGCCUUUGGCAUACCCUCCCCUGUGUCUGCCAGCUAGCCAGGCUGGGCAAAGGGAGCCAGAGAAUCCCAAUUUGUCAGUAGAUGGGGGAGGGGGGAGACCACCGAAGCUCCGUCUUAAAUGCUCUUGCCAGUGGGCUCCAGACCACGUGGCCCCCUGAUAUGUCCUCUCCUACCGAAGAGGGGGGGACCCAACCACAGGAUGGUGCUUCUCCCUUCCUUGAGCUCAAGUGUAGCCCCAGCCACAGUGCCCCCCCCUUACUUGCCGAGGGUCACAACCCAUUGCUGGGCAUUUGGGGGACUUUAUAUGCUGUUAAGGAUAAUCAAGUUGGCUUGAAAAGUGGAGGGGGGGGGGGGAGAGAGGCAGGAAAUGGGCUUGCUAAGCAGAUUGAAGGGCAGCAUGCUAUGAACGGGCUUGCCUCACGCCCUCCCCAAAGAUGGCAGGUCCCACACAAGCGGAAAGGGGCGGAGCUCUGCCUCUGAUCCAUGCUGUUCCAGAGACGAAAGCGGCUCAUAUGGUCCUAGACUGUCCUCUUCCCAAACUUCCUGUUCAGAAGAAGAGGAAGGCUUUUGAGCUUUGUUUUGCUGCGUGGUACUGCUGGAUUACAUUUCCGGGGGGCGGGGGGGCACAGAGAGAUGAUGUUCCCUGCUCUUAAACAGGCUCCUGUCUGGGUACCAGUCUUUAUAGUUAUUAUUUUGGGCUAUGGCUGGGGGCUGCUAUCUUCCCCUUGCGUCCCGUAGCCCCCUCCCUGUGCCUCUCAGGAAGUCGUGACCAGAUGGUUCACACAAGGGGAUCCUAGCCCAUAAGGGUUCCAUACGGGUUUGGGGGUCCCAGUCUUUUUUUCUGGGCAAAGUACCCCAUGAGCAGAGAAUUUGGUCCGUGGCUCCUGAGCUGUGACUGAGGCCCAGUGAAAAGCGAUGCUGGCAGAUGCAAGAGGGAACCCGCUUGUUGGGAUCCCGCCCUCGUGCCGCGUCCCAUUUCAUGGGGACUGCUCCCCAGACAUGAGAUGCGACAGGAGGGCGAAGGCUCAUGUGCUUUGGCCUCGUGCUGAAACUGAGGCUUGAGCCCGGGGGCUGGUAGCUGUUGUUCCAGACACUGCUGCCCCCUUGCUGCUUCUUGCACCUGUAAAUGGAUGCUGCAAACCAGCCAUGCAAAAAAUCCUUGCCAAGGAUUCAAGCACGGCUGAAUGUGGCACCUGGAUGUUCAGGGUUUUUCCCCUUUAAGUUCUGGGCGACAGAAUGCCAUUCUCCUUCCCAAAUCCGGGCACUUCAUGCUGUACAGUCUUGCUUCUCUCCAUAUUCCAGGACUGUAGCAACACUUGUUGUAGAAAAGGCCUCCGGAAUGAAGACAAUGGAGGUAGCCAACUCCCCUGCUGCUAAGGGAAAGACAUUCUGAACUGCGAUCUCUUGCCGAGCGGUUGAUAGGGCAGAUCCCACAGCCGCUGCAAGAUCUGGGAACAGAACCUGCAGUCGUAUUCUUCUCCCCCCUACCUUUCUCUCGGGGCUGGUCCCAGCCUGCAAACCACUUGUAUUCCCCCCUGCCCAGUUUCAGCACACCUCCCCUUUUAUUUCCCUUGCUUUGGGUGCGCAUCUCACAAUCUCUAGUUGUUGUCGAUGCUGUGUAAUUUAUUCUAUUUAUGAAGUGUCUCCCUUGCCGCAGUCGCUCCUACCUUGUACCACCCCACCCCCCGUUUUUGAUAAUUGUUUUUUUAAAAAAAAUAAAUAAAAUGUCCACUGAA